CCUCCCGUCCAAUGGCGGCUGGGGGUGGGCGGCCUCCGCACGCAUCGCCGAGCGAUGUGGGCCGGGCCUCGCCGCUACCUCUGCCGUCGUUGCCGCCGCCAUGAUGCUUGUUUGCUUUCAAUGAGUGUGAGAAGGAGGCGGAGGAGGAGAAAAAGGAGGAGGAGGCGGAGGCGGGGGGAGGCAGCUCUCCCGUCCGGCCCGCGGCAGGAAACAAAGAGCCAGGCAGGCAGUGCAGAGACGGGGAUGCUGCAGCUACAGCUCUCCUAGUGGUCAGCCAUAUGUGGCUUCCUAUGUGGAUUUGACUGGGAGCACUGCAAAUCUGAUGGCAGGGGUUGCAAAAUCCACAGCAGCGUGAGAUUUCCUUAUUUUCCUGGCACAUUUACCGGACAAGAAGAAAACCUUUGCCUGUGGGUGGGAUGAGAGUCUCAUUUGUCGGAAACCCUAGUGUUUUUGGAAUUGACUGAUGAAAUGCAAACUAGUGGCUGAUUUAAGAGGAAUGCCCAAAGAAAAGUACGAUCCACCUGAUCCACGGAGGAUGUACACAAUUAUGUCCUCAGAGGAAGCAGCCAAUGGGAAGAAAUCACACUGGGCAGAGUUGGAAAUAAGUGGGAAAGUAAGAAGCCUAAGUUCAUCGUUGUGGUCAUUAACCCACUUGACAGCUUUGCAUCUCAGUGACAACUCCUUAUCCCGUAUUCCUUCAGACAUUUCCAAGCUUCACAAUCUGGUAUAUUUGGACCUGUCCUCAAAUAAAAUCCGCAGUUUACCAGCAGAGCUCGGAAACAUGGUGUCACUCAGGGAACUCCAUUUAAAUAACAACCUGUUACGAGUUCUACCAUUUGAGCUGGGAAAACUGUUUCAGUUACAGACAUUGGGUUUGAAAGGAAACCCACUUACCCAGGAUAUUCUGAAUCUCUAUCAGGAACCAGAUGGAACAAGAAGGCUACUGAAUUAUUUGCUUGAUAACUUGGCAGGUACUGCAAAAAGAAUUUCAACAGAACAGCCACCUCCCAGAUCUUGGAUUAUGUUGCAAGAACCAGACCACACAAGACCAACAGCUCUGUUUUCUGUCAUGUGUUACAAUGUCCUCUGUGAUAAAUAUGCUACUCGGCAGCUAUAUGGCUAUUGCCCAUCAUGGGCAUUGAACUGGGAAUACAGGAAAAAGGCUAUUAUGCAGGAGAUCUUAAGCUGCAAUGCUGACAUUAUUAGUCUUCAGGAGGUGGAAACUGAACAGUACUACAGCUUUUUCCUAGCAGAACUGAAGGAACGUGGAUACAAUGGAUUCUUCAGUCCAAAAUCUAGAGCUAGGACAAUGUCUGAGCAAGAAAGAAAGCAUGUUGAUGGUUGUGCAAUAUUUUUCAAGACAGAAAAGUUCACCUUGGUUCAGAAGCAUACUGUUGAAUUUAAUCAGCUUGCUAUGGCAAACUCGGAGGGAUCUGAAGCAAUGCUGAACAGAGUAAUGACAAAAGAUAACAUUGGAGUUGCUGUAUUGCUAGAGCUACGAAAGGAACUAAUAGAAAUGUCAUCUGGCAAGCCACAUACAGGAAUGGACAAACAAUUAGUCCUUGUAGCAAAUGCACACAUGCACUGGGACCCGGACUAUUCUGAUGUGAAGCUAGUUCAGACCAUGAUGUUUCUUUCUGAGGUAAAAAACAUCAUUGACAAGGCCUCUCGUAAUCUCAAGCCUGGUGCUUCAGGAGAACAUGCAACCAUUCCACUUGUUCUGUGUGCAGAUCUGAAUUCUUUGCCAGAUUCUGGUGUGGUUGAAUAUUUGAGCACUGGUGGAGUGGAAACAAACCAUAAAGAUUUUAAGGAACUGAGAUACAAUGAAAGCCUCACUAACUUCAGUUGUAAUGGGAAAAAUGGAACCACCAACGGAAGGAUUACUCAUGGUUUCAAGUUGAAGAGUGCCUAUGAGAAUGGCCUAAUGCCUUAUACAAAUUACACAUUUGAUUUCAAGGGUAUUAUUGACUACAUCUUUUACUCUAAACCUCAGCUGAACAUUCUUGGCAUCCUGGGACCUUUGGAUCAUCAUUGGCUAAUAGAGAACAAUAUAAGUGGCUGCCCACACCCACUCAUCCCUUCUGACCACUUCUCACUUUUUGCACAACUGGAGCUGAUGCUGCCUUUCCUGCCCCCGGUAAAUGGAAUCCAUCUGCCUAGCAGGAGGUAGUCAAGUACAUUUUAGAGGGCAACCUCAAUCUAAAUUGUAUAAUUGUAAAAUCUGAAUAUAGAGGAGUGAGGUAUGGCCAACAGGGAUCUUUCUUAAUGAUCUUAAUUUUAAAUCUAAUUAUUUGAUAAAGAAAUAGUAAAAGCCAGGUGCUAUCAGACACAAUUCUGAGCCCAACAUGCUUUAUAUACUGUUAGACAGGGAUUGGUGCACUGGCACCUUUCUUAGAUUUGUUACAAAUAAUCUGUUUGUUCUAUCCAAUGUAAUAUUUCAUGCCUUGAAAAUAGAGAAUUACUAUAAUAAAUUCUCUUUGCACAGAUAUCUGUAGCACUACUUUUUUGAGGCCAGUAGUAACACAUCAAAAGACCAUUCUUCCAUACUUCACUCCCUUCUUUUCAGACUUGUUUGUAAAGUAUAGAAUUUGAAUUUAGCCUUUAUUGAUUGUAUAUGAACAACAGAAAACCUGAUUUAUGAGAUUUUGUACUUUAAAAAAAUCAGAUUUGGAAAAUGAUUGUAUUGUAAACUAAGGCUAAAUUUUUAUCUGUUUCAUGUGUUAUAAAGGCCAGCUUUUAAAAGAAGUUGCACCAGGCUUUCUCUGCUAAUGAUUUGCACUGUUAGGGUUUUUAGCCCUUAUGUACUACUUCAUUUUUAAAAAUUGAGAACACUGCUUUUAAUUCUCAAUUAGUAACAUCAUAGCAAAUUUCUUCAAGUUAGUUAACAUACUUGCAUUUAUUUUUAUUUUUACUUAAAAGCAUAAGCUUGUUCUCAGAAUAGAUAAGCUAAGCAGUGGCUGAUUAGGCUUUUGUGGGUUGAUAGUGUUAUCAGAAUGUACAUUUAAACAUAUUUCUCUCGGAAGUGAAACUGCAGAACAUUGUGUACAGCUUUUUAGUUUAUAAGUCACCCUUUUCCUAUCUCCACUGUGCCUGCUUAAUUUUGUUCUCAAUUAGCACUGCCUGUGCAUGCAGAGAGAACCUGUGCAUCCUCUUUUAUUUUUUAAAUAAUGUUAACAUUUUGUGAAAAUUUUAUGAAGAUACUUUUGUAUAAGCUGUGGCAUCUAUUUUUUCCCCUUUGUGUAGCAUUGAAUAUCACUUUUUGAACAUGUUCAGAUUGUGGGUACACAAAUUCUAAGCUUCUGAUACCCAUGCACUGCUUCCUUCAGUGUCAUUGCACCAUGCUGUUUAUGUUUAAUCCCCUCCCCUGCCACUAAAUACUAUCAUGUGAAUUCUUUCAGUUUAAGCAUAUUCCCCAGUCAUUCCUCAGUCAUCAUUCCUUGAAGAUAAAGUAUACCGUCUUCUGUUUUAUGAAGCAGUGUAACUAGAUGCAUUUUCAGUACAGGUUCCCUAGACAACACUUCAGAUCAUUCAUUUAAAGUGACCAAGUCCUAUUCUAAAGUGUCAAGCAAAACUAAAGUUGUUACAUGCCCUCACAGUGCCAUCAGUGUUUGAAAGCCAAGUACAAAAGCCCCAUACAUCUGUCCUAAAAGGAAGAUUCUAGCUAAUCCUUAACAAACCUGCCUUCAUAAUAAAUCUGUUUCAUAUUUAGGAAGAGAACUUGGUCAAACUGCUUUUGUUUCAACUGCAGGCAGAGAAGCAAAAGCUCACUCUUUGUGUUGAGAAAUUCUGAAUAUAAUGAAUUUUUAAAAAUAAAAUGGUCUUUAGUAAUAAUGAGUGAAAUUUUAUAAAGAGGAAUCUAUCAGCACUUACAGGUGCUUAACCAUUUUCUUUUAAAGAGAACAAUAAAUUUUCAAAAAGUUCAUGUUUAGCAAAUGAGUGUUUUAAAAUAUCAGUAGGAAAAAUCUAGAUCUUGAAUCCUUGUCUGGGACCUGAUUUUUCUUUUGUUGUUUUUUAGUUGUGCAAACACCAAACAUGUCCAGUUUAUAAUCAGUACAUCGGAAUGCUGGUAAUAAUUGAUGUAGUAGAUUCAAUGAGUAGUGUUGCUUAUUCUGUUCUUGUUUUUUGGGUUUUGGGGUUAUUUUGUAAAAGUGUGAAUAAAAGGUGUUUUACUCAUGUUUCCUUAACAAUGUGUUGGUAGUGUGCAUCAUGACAAUUUUCAGUGGCAAUUGAGCCAAUUUAGCUUGUCAUACUCAGCAACCUAUUUUGUUUCCUGAUGAUCUGGAUUAUUUAAUAGUAUGUCCAGAAAGCUUUAUGGAAGGGAAGCACUUAUUCAUUUUAUAUUUCUUAGAAGGGGUAAUUUUUUUCCUUUAAGCUGGAGCUUGAGUGCACUUGGUAAAUCCUAAAGGUUUAAGCUUUACACACAUGUUUUCACCUUUUAUUUGUUCAGUCUGUGGCAGCACAUCAAAGUUUAAGGCCCGUUCAAGGAAAGGACCGUUCUUGCCUGGACAUGUUGCAAUCUGUGGGCAGUACAAAUUACUCUUCCACUUUAGGGAUCAUACUCUUUUAAAAGUAUGAGCUCUCAGAAAACCCCUUCUGAGUUCUUCAGUGGGCCUUCUGUCAGAUCCUACAGCAGUGAGUUGAAGCUGAAAAAAUACUCUGCAUCUUUGCAGAAUAUCUUACACCAAAUGUGUCAGGCAGUUCAUAUCAGAGAAGUAAUACUUUUUAAAGUAUCCUGCAUAAAACAAAUCUAGACAUUUCAUAAACAAAUGCAAUAACCUGUCUUCACAAAAUGCUAAUUUUCAAUAACUCUUAACACUGUAUUUACUUAAGGUGGCUUUGGAUGUUGCCAUAAUAUAUGUUCAGUGUUUCUUCUUAAUGUAAUCACAUGACAUUUAAAAAUUAAAAAUAAAAAUAAAGCAUUGAUCAUUGCUGGGCAUGAGGAUUCCCUCUCCCCUUCCCCUCUCCCUAGUUGAAUCCAAUUAGGAGUCUAGGGAUGAUUGCAUAUUGAAAAACCUCAGAACUACAGCCUGCCAUAUUUCUGAUUGUUAAUUCCCAUGCAUAGAUAAUACACAUGCAUAAAUUUGAUUACAGUGAAUUUUAAGUGGGGAAACAAUUUUUAAGAUAGUAGCAGAGAUAAAUCUCUAGGAAAUGUGUGUAAUUAUUUUGUCCCUUAUUUGUGGGUUUAAAACACUAAACGGUAAACUUUUCAUUCAGGAUGCAAAUUUGCAUCAAGUGGUAUAACCUCUGAACAGACUAUAUGAAUUCUGCUGUGGCUUAAAUGUAGAGUAGUAGGUUCAGAUGUCAAGUUUGUUCAAUCAUGGGACAAAGAACUCAGACAAAAUAAUUGCACUACCAUUUUCAGCUGAAUUAAUCACACUGCAAAUGUUGCAAGUCAUCAAAUUUACUGCUUAUGUAGUGAGUCUUUUUCUUUACUUUUUUUCCAUCCAGCCUGACACAGUAUUUUCGUAUAUGUUAAUUCCUGCUAUACUUUUUGGUUGUGUAAGCUUUUUUAAAAUGUAGGUAUCUUGGUAUGUUUAAGUAGUGUCUAAAAUUUAGAAUACCUAGUCUUUAUUCACAGUACUUCUGUAUACGUGUAAUGCACUGGACUAACUCUUGUUUACCAUAUGUGUAACAAAACAAAAAACAAAAAACCAGCACAUCAUCUGCACUAAGCUCAAAGAAUGUUGCAUUUGUCUAUAGGCAGCUCUUCAAUAAGAUAAAUGGGAAAUUGAAUAUGGUCUGAUGGUAAACAAGGGCUUUUACUGUUCUCUUCAGUGGAACUUUCUUCUUGGUCAAAUUUUAACUAGCUAGUAUUAUAUUUAUAUACAGGGUUGUCUUUUUUUUCUUUACCAAUGUAUUUUCCUACUCAUAGCUGACCAAUAAAUUCAAUAUCUGUUUCAAAUCUC